AAUCAACCAAGCAUGGAUGAAUGCAAGAGGACUCAAGGAAAGGCAAACAGUCUGCCCAAAGAAAAAAAAUAAAUUAACUGAAGAUUGGUGAAGUAAACCUCAUUGUAGUCUCUUCUUGUAUGGGCUGUCGUGCUUCGUGUGUUGGCCAGCCCAAGACUAAGAUGUCAACCACAGUCAGCCAGUUUGCCAAGGAGGUCAUUCACUUCAGUUCACAGUAUGGCACAGACGGCAGCGUGUCUUACGUGGUGCCGAACCUGGCCGGGCCCAGCACCAUCUACCCGAGUUACGGCGACAUGACAGCAGCCUGCGUGUUUAGGACGUAUGGACCGUGGUGGGAGUCUGUCCCUUCCAGCCAGCCCCCAAUCGGCCGAAAUGGCAAGAAACCAUUCCUUGGUCAAGACUUUGUGGACUUGUGGUAUGCUGAGAAGGUUUACCCCACCGAGGUGCGCAUCUAUGAGACCUACCACCCAGGGGCUGUGGUGCAGAUAUUUGCCUGUGAGAUACACAGGGACAAGGCUGGGCAGAUAGUCAACGACAGUGUCAGGUGGCAGCUGUUAUGGUCGGGCAGUCCUCAGGUGUCAUUGUCCGAUCCACGGAUCUUCUCACCACUUCUCAGGAAAGUCCGGUUUGCAUCCAAUUUAAUUCGUUUAGUUCUCCACCAUCAGCAUUUACGGUACUACACAGAGUUAGACGCUGUAGAGUUGGUGGGCACACUGCAUGAUGAUGGAACAGAUGUUGAUGCAGUGUAUGCCGCUCACAUGCAGAAGUUGUCUAUUAACUCUCAAGAUGACAUCAGUGUCUCUCCCAAUAUGAGCACCGAUAAUGGCUGCUUUGACAUGUUACCAGGAGAGUUAAUCCAGCUGAUCUUCACCGAUCUGGACUUGCCCGAUCUCUGCCGAGCGGCACCCACCUGCAAGCUGUUCAAGAAGCACUGCUACGACAAGCUUCAGUUCAUGGAGUUGGAUCUCCAGCCUCAGUGGCAUCUGGUCAAUGAGAACACGUUAGAAGGUCUUGCAGAGCGAUGUCAGCAUCUCCAGAAGCUCAGCCUUGCCUGGUGUGGGGACUGGGGAAGCCUCUCUUCAGAAUCCUUCUCCAGGUAA